AUCCAUUUUAUCCAUACUCUUUUCCUAUUGUAUUCUCAUACCUAGAAUUGAGCAUUUUUCAGCUCCUUUUUGUGACUUUUUGAGAGAGAAAUUACGAAAGGUAUUUAGACAGCUUCCGGCCGCCACCGCAGUGCUGAUCUGGCCGGCAUACCCCACUCGGGAUCCAAUUCUGUAAUUUCUAUUCCGCCACCUAUUCGUGGCACACACCUCACCCUCUUUCUUUCAGCUUGGAUUAAAGCUCUUUCACUAGCCACUACCACCAUUCAUCACGUCAGCUUUGUCUUCUUUUCUCCUUACUUUGUGCAUGUCCAGGAGAUAUUCACUUUGACCCGUUGCAUCCUCAGGCAUUCCAAAUACACUCAAUUGCAAACAUCGUCAUCAUCAUUGCCAGCACUCAUACAAAACUUGUCAAGUAAUACUCAAGUCGCAAGAGUAUGUAUAGAGCUUCUCCAGAAUCCCCCAUAUUCGACGCCCCAGAAAUACCUACUCUCAGGAGAGUGAAGCCCCUACCGAAACGUCGACGUACUUCCGACUCUACACCUCACGAAGACACAGACGGUGGCGGUGGCGGUCUUUCAAACAUUCCAGGAAUGUUGGCCCCAGACGACUUCCUCGCUGCCACAGAAUCUUUCUCUGCUCAUUUGCAGUCGUAUUACCUCCCGCCACAUGACCAAUCUCUCACCGACCCAGACGGUCGAACGUCCACACCUGGUGGCAUCGAUUUUAUCAACUCAGGAUAUGGGUUUGUAGAUGGAAGGGGUCGCGGAGGUAACGGUCAUGACGAUGAUGGUGGCGACGGGGAUUAUAUCGAUCAUCUUCAGCAACCAGGAAAUACCAAGAAACGAAAAGUGCCUGCAAACAUGACUGGUGCCCCUCAUGGGCCAGAGUCUGGUUCUGGGUCGGGUGGAGAAGAUGAACCGACGGAUCGUGCUAUACCUACUGGAAGAACAGACCAGGAAUACGAUGCUAUGGGCUUACAGUCUUCGGCAGCGUUAGGUGGGACAGGUCAGAGAAGAGGAAGGCUUUCGAAAGCGACGAUGGCAGGUUUACAACAUAAGGAGUUGCUGAAAAGCCGGAAACGACAAUUGGCGGCGGUUUUGGGUGCUCUGUCUCAUGGGGACUCACUCGCCCUCGACCAGGCGUUGUCUACGACUUACCCCUUUGCUCACAAUCGACUUACGAAUGACGGAAAACCUCCUGAAGUCAAAAUUCGUCCUUCACGGCGGAAAGUAGCUCGUAUCGCUCGUGCAUACAAGACCUUCUACGAUUCUCUUCACGCUCAGAACCCUGGCGCUGCGCGUCACUUUCCUGAGAAAGACUUCACCUUCGUCUGUCAUUCUGCCACGUCUGAUCGUCUCGUAGCGACGAAAGAAGAGGUCGCUGUGCUUCAUGCACGUUUUGAGGCCGAACUUGCUCGCCAGACUGCGAGGGCAGCUGAAGCCGCGAAGCAGGCUGCUGCCGCAGCUAUGAACAACCGUCAAUCGAAACGUUCCGAUCGUUCGAAGCAGUCUCGAUCGUCUGUUGGGAGAACAGAGCAUAGUGGUGGAGCUAUUGAACAGAACCUUCUUGGCUCAACCGGUAAAACGGGCAAGAAGAAGAAACGAUCAGCUUUAGCGAACGCAUCGAAUCCUCACCACCUACGCAAUUACGUUCCUUCUCGUCUUCCUCAUUCGGGGCAACUUAAUGCUGCUCAGGCCCAGGCCAAUGCACAAAACCUCGUGAGCCCACUUCCGCUCCGCUUCCUCUCUGCCGACGUGCCUCCACGCAGAAGAAGCAAAGCGAGUGGUGCCCCCAUACCUAACCUUACCAACCCCACGGAUGAAUGGAUAUGUCCGUUCUGCGAAUACGAUCUAUUCUACGGGGAUGACCAGAACUUUCAGCGAGCUCUACGGAACCGAAAGAAGAUUCUGAAACGGCGAAGGCGAGCGCGGGAGCGAGCUGCAGCUGCUGCUAGUGGCGCCAAAGCUGCUUCCGCGAAGAACUCUGCUCCGCUCGAGGAGGAUGUGAACCCAGGGUUUGAGGCUCAGCAUGAGGAUGUUAUUGCCGCCAAUGCAAAGCAGGCUCGGUUCAAGGAGGGUGAUAGGGGACCAGGGGUGGUUCAGGGUGUGAAUCACGUUGCAUCAGGACAGAAUUCGAUGGGAUGAUGUCAAAUGGACUGAAGCAUCAUGAUAGAAUACCUUGCAUUAUAUCCUCAUGUCGUACUAUCCCACAGUCUUUCUAGCUUUUGUGUUUUUGCAAUUGAAACAUUGUUUUACUGUCGAGUAUUGUUUUAAGUCAAGGCAAUUGACUUAAGGGCCAAUGCGCGCCUGAUAUAGGCUUAGUCUCCGCUUCUCUGUGUUUGAAUUUGCAACAGUUAGUCGUC